CCCCCUCAAGUGCUACCUACCAUUCCUUCAAAUUGCCAUCCCUCAAUCACUUCACUUCCUUUUCUUCUUUCCCCACCUAUCACCAACCCUACCUUAGCUGGCUUCUUCCAACAUCUCGUUUCUGACCGAUUUCUAACCUUCUCUUUCUCUCUCUAGCUGACUCCGGUGAUACCUAUCGCCCUCGUGAGAGGUCGCGCUCUCCCAGACGUGGACGUUCCCGCAGUCCGAAUAACGGUACCCGUCGGUCAUAUUCGCCCCGUGACCGCUCACGGAGUCGUCAUCGGAGAAGAAGCCGUUCGCCCAUGACUGGACAGGGCGCAUCCGCUGGAGGAUCAGGACAAGGAUACAACAAUAACGGAGCUCCUCAUAGAUCGUUCGAAGAUCGUGCCGUUCACCGCGAAAACGUCAUGAAUAACAUUCGAGAGUCGUCGCAGCAGGACCGCCGCGUCUAUGUCGGCAACCUGUCUUACGACGUCAAGUGGCACCACCUCAAGGAUUUUAUGAGGCAGGCCGGUGAGGUUCUCUAUGCCGACGUAUUGCUUCUUCCCAAUGGAAUGUCGAAGGUGGGCUUUCACAAGUGA